CUCUGACCCGACCCGCUCCGCUCCCACGCUGCCCCGCGCUCUGCUCCCAGCCCGAGCGGCGGCUCCGUCUCCCUCCGACCCGAGCCCGAGUCCCGAGGCCCCGCCGCCGCCGCACCAUGAUCAAGCUCUUCUCGCUCAAGCAGCAGAAGAAGGAAGAAGACGCCGCCGGAGCCGCCAAGACCGGCACCAAGAAGGCGUCGGCCGCCCAGCUCCGCAUCCAGAAAGAUAUAAAUGAAUUGAAUUUACCUAAAACCUGUGAGAUAGUUUUUCCAGACCCUGAUGACCUCCUCAACUUCAAACUUAUCAUCUGUCCAGAUGAAGGGUUCUAUAAAGGAGGGAAGUUUGUGUUUAGCUUUAAGGUUGGACAAGGGUAUCCUCACGACCCUCCGAAGGUGAAAUGUGAAACCAUGGUAUAUCACCCAAACAUCGACUUAGAAGGCAAUGUUUGUCUAAACAUCCUCAGAGAGGACUGGAAACCUGUAUUAACAAUAAACUCUAUAAUUUAUGGGCUGCAGUACCUGUUUUUGGAACCUAACCCUGAGGACCCUUUGAACAAGGAAGCAGCCGAAGUCCUUCAAAACAACAGACGUCUCUUUGAACAGAAUGUGCAGCGAUCCAUGCGGGGUGGCUACAUCGGCUCCACUUACUUCGAGCGAUGCCUUAAAUAGGGGCUCAGAGCACACAAACUGAAGCCACAGAGAGAGAGAGAGAGAGAAAAAAAUCUGACAUACUUAAAACAUAUUAAAAAAAAACAUUAAAAAUACCCGACUGAAAGCAGGAGGGUCAUAGAGA